UAACAUAUUCUUUUAAUGGCUGUUUUGCUUAUUCAACAAAAGAUGCUUGUCAAAACGCCGCUGCCUGUAUUACUGACGAAAUAUCGAAAAAAGAUAGAUUAAUUGCUCGACAAGAAGGUCGAUCAUUUACGCAUACACAAGGUGUAUCAACAAUUAUCUAUACAGAUGGAGCUAGUAUUAAAGUACAAGUUUUUCUUCUAUGUUCAACAAGUGAAUCAAUGAAAGCUCAGAGAGCUGAUGAUAAUAAUUAUAUAAUACAAAUUGAAAGUAAAUGUGCUUGUCCUGGUAAAUGUACUUAUAAAUCGAAUGGGUUAACAGGUGGAGCUGUGUUUAUAAUAAUUUUAAUUUGUAUUAUUACAACUUAUCUUAUUAUUAGUAUUAUUUUUCUUCGAUUUGUUAAACAUGAACAAGGUAUUAAUCUUAUACCAAAUCGAACCUUAUGGUUACAGAUUGGAGCUGAUGCAAUGAAUGGUGUUAGAUUUACUGUAUCGAAAGUUAGAGGACGAGAUUCAUAUGAAAAACUUUGA